AUGGCUGAUCCAACCAACACAAACGUCAAUGAACAUUUCCCCAGCGUGGCUUUAGAAAACAGCAGGAAGUCUGCAGAAUUCGAGAGAAGCCCAGGCGCAGCUGAUUUCUCAACGAACGGUAAUGAUUCCGAUAAGAGUGUCGAUUAUAGCAGAUCUCAGUGUUCCUGCAGGAGCUUAAGUUCUCACCGUGAUUAUUCAGAAGACUUUAUCUCAGAUUGUUCAGAAAUAGCCAUUAGUAGAAAUUAUUUAAAGCAGCCUGUGGCAAAAGAAAAGGAGAAGAAAAAGCAUGUUUCUAAAGUCUCCCAGCCUAAAGGCCAGAAGGAAAUCUCAGUUGAAAAAAAGCACAUCAGGAAUGCCUCAUUUGUAAAUUCUCAAAUCAGUGCAAUUAACCAAAGAAGAGAUGCUAUGACUCAUCGAAUACUCUCAGCAAGGCUUCAUAAGAUUAAAGAGCUAAAAAAUGAAUUAGCUGAGAUACAUCGUAAAUCAGAAGCCAUCAUCAUAGAAAACCAAUUUUUGAAACAACUUCAGCUUAGGCAUGUGAAAGCUAUAGGAAAGUAUGAGAACUCAAAAACUAAUCUGCCUCAAAUUAUCAUUAACCAUCAGAAUGAAGUAAAAAAUCUAAGGCAACUACUUAGGAAAUCCCAGGAAAAGGAAAGAACUGUAUCUAGAAAACUUAGAGAGACUGACAGCGACUUACUGAGGACUAAAGAUGCCUUGCAGGCACUACAGAAGCUUUCUGAAGACAAAAACCUGGCAGAAAGGGAUGAACUCACUCAAAGAUUAUCUGUUCUUACCACAAAAAUGGAGGCAAAUGACAAAAAAAUACAGAGCUUGGAAAAACAACUGAGGUUGAACAGUAGAGCCUUUAGCAGGCAGUUGGCUAUCGAGAAUCGGAAGAUCAUAGGAGCUCAGACAGCUACCAAGACUCUGCAAGUGGAAGUGAAACGCCUCCAACAAAAACUUAAGGAGAAGGAUCGUGAGCUUGAGAUUAAAAACAUCUAUACUAAUCGAAUACUCAAAAAUUUAUAUGAUAAAGAAGAUUAUCCAAAAGUUUCUUCAACAAAAUCAGUACAAGCAGACAGAAAAAUUUUGUCAUUUACAAAUAUGAGACACCAGGAAACCCAAAAAUCAGAUGAUGUCCCAUGUUUGACAACUAAGGGUAAAAAGGCAACUGGAAACAUUGGUUAUAAAGAAAAAUCAACUGAAAUAAAUCAUGAAAAAUCUCUCCAUAUCAGUAAACUACUAAAGCAAGAGGAUUCUAAGAGAAAAUAUGAAGAUUUAUCAAAGGAGGAAGAACAUUUGAAAGUACAAUUAACUCUGGAGAAUACUGAAAGACAGAAAGAGAAAAAGGUAGAUCAAGAAAAGGCCAUUUUAAUGAAUGAACAAGAACUACCACCAAAAAGAAUUCAAGUAAUUGAUCCUGAAACAGAAAGCAAUCAGGAAGAUACAGCAAAAGAAAAAAUUAAAAGAAGUGUACAAAUAAAUGAUGUGAAUGAGACACCCGAUAAAUAUGCUGUUCCAUGUGUCAAAACACCCUUCAGACAAAGAAAGCAUUAUUCAUUCACAACAACAAUUGAAAACUUGCACCAUGGGCUCCCUACUUCAGGUGUGCCAGCCAACACAGGCAACACAAGGGUCAGUAACAAUACAAGCAAACAUCGCAGUCAAACAGAAGAUAUGAAGCAAGAACAUUCUGUUAGCGGGUAUGAACCAUCUUUUAGUAAGUCUUCCAGAAUCAAAGCAAAAGAUACAACUUUCAGAGAUAAGAAAAGCAGUCUAAUGGAAGAACUCUUUGGAUCAGGCUAUGUCUUAAAAAACAACCAAUCAAGUCCUGUUGUUAUGAAAAGAUCUGAUCAGACUUUGAAAAGUAAGGAAACGCACCAUCUACCUCCUAGUCGAGCCUCCGCCAGCAAUGCUUUUGGAGAUUCUAAAGUAACCGUGGUAAAUUCUAUUAAGUCAUCUUCACCUACAGAAGGAAAAAGAAAAAUAAUUAUUUAA